AUGGAACUGCCACUCGUCUUCCUCCUGGCGGUCACAACAGUGACUGGAUGCGGCGUGUCGAGCUAUGAGCCCAGUGCUAGUCGUGUUGUGAAUGGGGAGGAGGCCCGGCCUUACAGCUGGCCAUGGCAGGUUUCUUUGGAGUCUUUCUUCCCCAGCUGUGGAGGGACGCUCAUUGCCCCCAACUGGGUUUUGACUGCUGCACACUGCAUCACGUUCCAUACAUACAGGGUGGUUCUAGCAGAGCAUGACAUGAACAAGGAGGAGGGACCAGAGCAGUCCAUUAUGGUGGAAAAGAUGUUCCUCCAUCCUAAGUGGAAGAAAAACUGUGUCUCUUGUGGGAAUGACAUUGCCCUGCUAAGGCUGGAGAUGAGUGCUGUAAUCAAUGACAAAGUGCAGCUGGCAUGCCUUCCACAGCCCAGCGACGCCCUCGUCCACAACCAGCCCUGUUACGUAACCGGAUGGGGUCGUCUCUACUCUGGUGGACCCCAGGCCACCACACUACAGCAGGCGCUGCUGCCCGUGGUGGACUACAGCAUCUGCAGCCGCAGCGACUGGUGGGGCAGCUCAGUGAAGACUACAAUGGUCUGUGCGGGAGGAGAGAGCAAAUCGGCGUGUCACGGGGACUCCGGUGGUCCUUUGAACUGCAAGGGAAGAGACGGAAGAUGGUACGUCCAAGGAGUGACCAGUUUUGUGAAUGGCAGUGGCUGCAACACCCCCCAGAGGCCCACGGUCUUCACCCGCGUGGCCUCUUUCAUCCCCUGGAUCAGCGAGACCAUGGCCAAAAACUGAAGAGGUGUGCGACAUGCCAAGAUCGCGCAAUAAAAAGGUUUCUCAAGUCACC